GAGUCACAGAGGCCUAGGAACAGCAAGAGAACUAGAAGCAGAAGAGCAACAGCGAGAGAAGGUCGGCUGUAGGGCUGUAGGGCUGUAAUGCUGUAUAGGGGCUAGAAACACACCCCCCCACACACACACCCCAGUUAAUCUUUAUUUACAUUACUUUUAGCUUAACUUACUACUGGGUUGCGUGUAAAAAGAAGAGAGGAUGUUGGUCCCUGUGGGAAGAUAAUGAAGAGGCUGUGUGUGUUGUUGCUGUGCCUCACUGUAGCUCUCCUGUGUUGGUCUCCCAGUCGUCAUGUCCGAUGUUCAGAACAGUCGUCUUCACUCCCAGAACUCUCUGCACGGGAUAGUAACCCGCACACGACACAUGAGAACGGGGCUGAUGACAAGGUUGUGGAGGAAUGGGAAUCACAGUUAUCAUACAGUGUGGGUUUGGAGACCGAGAGGACUGCACUAGAGGAGCAGCUCAUAAAAGAUGAAGAAGAAGAACACAAACCUGAAAAGGCUGUGAAUAUAAUAGAGCAGGUGGUGGAAACGGUUCACAUUGUGCCAGAUACACAGCAGUCAGAGGCACACCCCAACUCUGACCAGCAAGACCCCGUUGAAACGCAACCCCCGCCGCCGUCGUCACCGUCUCAGUCACCAUCUCAGUUAUCGAUACCACCACCAUCAUCACUUUCAUCUCAUCAGGUGGAAUCUGAGCUCCCUAAAGCCACACCCUCUCCAGACCACGUUGCUGCUGCUGCUGCUGAUUCUCCUCCUCCUCCUCCUCCUCCUGCUGAACCAUCCACAGAUCUCCACCUAGACCCAAACACUAAUGCGGACGUCAGCGCUGACUCUGGGAAUGCACCAGAACCAGCGUCACCUACCUCACACUCCUCCCUAGAAAGCUCCUCCAGUGUAUUGUUGGAAUCAGUGGAGAAUCAGGAUCUAGGGACCAAUACUGAAGUGACUGCCUCUCUGGAUUCGGCUGAGCCAGACCUCACAGAGACGGAGCACACAGUCAAUGCCUCACAACCCCCAGAGGACCAGGAAGUGGUGGCUGAACCCGAAGGAGGGACUGACCCCCCUGUCCCUGGUAAAGAGGACAUCCCUACAUUUGAUGAGUGGAAGAAGAAAGUGAUGGAGGUGGAGGAGAAGAAGAGUCAGUCUUUGCACACCUCAUCCAACGGCAGCCCCCAUCCAGUGAAAAAGAUCCAGAAGAACUUUAAGAAUAAUUACGCUUCUGUGGAGUGCGGGGCCAAAAUCCUCGCAGCCAACAACGAAGCCAAGAGCACCUCUGCUAUUCUAAUGGAGAAUAUGGAUCUGUACAUGCUCAACCCAUGCAGUAAUAAGAUCUGGUUUGUUAUUGAGCUCUGUGAGCCGAUCCAAGUGAAACAGUUGGACAUUGCGAAUUUUGAACUCUUCUCCUCCACGCCAAAAGAUUUCCUGGUGUCAAUCAGUGACAGAUACCCGACCAAUAAGUGGAUCAAGCUUGGCACCUUUCAUGCACGUGACGAGCGCACGGUGCAGAGCUUUCCCUUGGAUGAACAGCUGUACGCCAAAUAUGUUAAGAUGUUCACCAAGUACAUAAAGGUUGAGCUGCUCUCGCAUUUCGGAUCUGAACAUUUUUGCCCCCUUAGUCUAAUCAGGGUGUUUGGUACCAGUAUGGUAGAGGAGUAUGAUGAGAUUGCCGACUCACAGUAUCCCUCCGAGAGGGUUGAGUACUUGGAUGAGGAUUAUGAUUACCCCCCAGGUUACCUUCCCUCUGACGACAAGGCAUCAAAGAACCUCCUGGGGUCUGCAACAAACGCAAUCCUUACGAUGGUCAACAACAUUGCUGCGAAUGUGCUGGGUGGGAAGUCAGAGCUUGAAGAUGGAGCUCAGAUCCAAGGUAAUAUAUCAUCAGGGACCGAGAACAUGACAGAAGUCACCGAAACUGUGCUCGCACCAACCCCAACACUCACACAGCAACAAGAAAUCCUGCACACUACAGAUCUGGAUUCCACUCUUUGGAAGCCGGACCCAGACGUUCCCAUUCCUGAGUCUCCCGCUACGCCUUCUCCUGAGGAGAGUCGCAUCGUCAUCCUCAUUGAAGAGGAAGAGGAAGAGCCGACCCCACCCACAGUGACCCUGCUGGAGGAGGAGCGCGAUGAGGAGAGGCGGCGUGAGGAGGCACGCCUCAGGGAAAGCGCCUUGUACUGCUCUCAGCUUUCUACUUUGUCCUGCCUAGCCAGUCUCCAUGAACACCUCCACCUCUGCUGUUCCGCCUCACUGGCUCUGCAGCGGCUACGUGAAGAACGCCAUGCACAUGCCAGCGCACACACACGAUCAACACCACAACUCCCAGAUCCCAGUCCAACUCAAACCCCCGUGUUGCCCAUUGAGAAGCCUUUGGAAGUUGAGCCGACACAAAGUAAAGAGACUGCGCUUACUGACUCGCCCCGUGUUACUCUGGCUCCAAUUGUUGAUCCCGCAGUUUUAUUAGAGCCAAGCCACACCUCUUCCCUUCCCUAUCACAGCUACUCUGAGACUUCUGUCUUUAAUGCCACGCCCACUGAGGGCAUUCCUGACUCUCUACCCACAGAUGAGCCCCAAGAGCCGAUACCACAUUAUGUGGAACAAAUACCUGAAACGCAGACUCAAAUUUUUAGCACCGUGUCUCACGGUGUCUCCAUCUUCACCUCCACCCCUCCCUUAAGCUUCACCACAACUGCUUCAACUCUCAUUCCUGAGACAACCGAGGUCCCACUGCCCACCACAGAGCAGCCUGUCCAUUCCAUUCCCACACACGUACGGCCUACAGAAAUCCCACCUCCCACAGAACUGCCAUUGCCCGGCGGCGCAGAGUCUUCUGUAAUAGGCAUCGAGGAUGUCCAGCAGGAUGCUGAGAAGCGAGGUGAGCAGGAAGAGCCUACGGAGGAGGUGCAGAGCACACUACAGCGUACAGCCACAGACUUCUACGCCGAACUGCAGAACUCAAGCGAACCGAGCUAUGGCAAUGGCAACCACGUACAUGGCUCCAACCAGAAAGAGUCGGUGUUCAUGAGGCUGAACAACAGGAUCAAAGCCCUGGAGAUGAACAUGUCACUCAGCAGCAGAUACUUGGAGGAGCUCAGUCAGAGGUAUCGUAAGCAAAUGGAAGAAAUGCAGAGGGCAUUCAAUAAGACCAUCAUCAAACUGCAGAACACUUCCAGAAUCGCCGAGGAGCAGGAUCAGAAACAGACAGAAGCCAUCCAGAUGUUGCAGAGCCAGCUGGAGAACAUCACCAAGCUUAUGCUUAACCUGUCUGUUACUGUGAGUCAGUUACAGAGAGAGGUGUCGGACAGGCAGAGCUACUUGGUGGUGUCUCUGGUGUUGUGUCUGUCUCUGGGCCUGCUCUUGUGUAUGCAGUGCUGCUGCAGCUCCUCUGGUAACAGAAGCUCUACCAUCCCUGUGAGCAACCACUACCCCAGUCCCAAGAGGUGUUUCUCCUCUUAUGAUGACAUGAGUUUGAGGCGGAAAGUUUCCUGCCCUCUUAUACGGUCCAAGUCAUUUCAGCUGCCCCCUUCAGAUGUAGGUCCUGAUGACUUGUACAUUGUAGAACCUCUAAGGUUUUCUCCAGAGAAAAAGAAAAAGCGCUGCAGAGUAAAAGUAGGAGAGAAAGUGACUGUGACUGCUACUAACUGCAGCUCUGAAACUGAAAAUGUGAGCGUGCCUAAAUUCCUGCCAUCAACCUGUGACCCUGCCCUGUCUACAUCCAUAGAGGUCGUGGCUGGGAUCAGCUCUGAAGGCUCAUCCUCUUCCUCAUCUUCAUCAUCCUCCUCAUCAUCUACAGCAUCGGAUGACUCAAGCUCCAGCAUCCCUUCCGUUAACGGGCAGCGUGUGGGUCUAAGUAAUGGGCAGAUCCCAAUGACCAAGAGCAAGACAGAGAAGAGGUCUUUUAAGCGCAGACGGUCUAAGACGGCUGAUCAGCAACAGCCGCCGCAGUCACAUGGGCGCUGUGGGGCAGGAUUACUGCACACUCCAAUUCCGGUGGCAACGUGCGUCAUGCCAACGCUUCAGCAGCUGAUGAAGGGAAAACAGGAACUCGGCAUGGGGACGUUUGGAGUAACGGCUGUCACCGGUCACGUCUGAGAACCUUUUCUUCAGCACUCACACACGCUUGUGUGACGCAGCUUUAGAGACAGAAAAAGGUGAAGCAGGCGAACGUUGUUGUGGUGGUUUUUGUUUCCCUUCUCACUGCUUCUCUCACUCACUCUUUCCCUUCCUUCCCUGAACACUAUUCACCGAGCCAGACUCCGCCACAUACGCCUAAAGCACAGAGAGAAAUUCAGACUCUACAACUCCUUAUCUCUCAAAUAUCUUCAUCCCUCCCUUCUGUAAUCCUCUCCUCUUUUAUGUGCCUUUAUUUGUCCGUUAACAAACUAAAACAGAACAAGGUGAAGGGUCCUUAUUUUGUUUUCUUUCAUUUUUGUUGAGAAAUUCUAUUUUAUUUUUAAAAAGAAAAAAGGUUUGGGAUACAAAAGUACUAACUUUGGAGAAGUAUGACCAAGUCCUCUUCUUUUUUUUUCUUUUUCUUUCUUCUCGAGGCAAAAGUGGACCAGCAGGACAGCAGUGGAAGGCCAGAAGUCGAUUUUUUCUUUUUCACCCGCUCGGAUUUUCAGUAGUCAGUGUUGGCUCCAUUCUCUAGUGUUCACACUUUCUAUUGUGCUGUCGGGAAACAGGUCUAGUUUUACUUGCACACUCCCCCCUUGUAGGCUCGCUGUUCUGUGUGUGUAACUCCAGUUGUGUCUAGUCAUUGUGUAGUGGGAACGGUGUGUCUGUGUGUGUGUGUGUGUGGGAACUGUGUGUGUGUGUGUGUGUGUGUGUGGACCAUGUAGCAUGUGGCUCAGUAGCACUUUAACAUCCACCAGCCCAGUGAGCAGAACUGGAUGAAGAACAGAUCCAGACAUCAUCCUUUCAUUUAUUCUUUUUAAUCUUUCUUCAUCUGCCUGCCUGUCUGUCUGCCUCUCUCUCACUCUCUCUCUGUCUCUGUCUCUGUGUGUGUGUGUUAAUUUACCAUGUUCAGGCAGGGCCUGAACUCUGUGAACUUUAUACACUUUCAUAUAAAGAUGUGACACAUUCAUUCAGGCAUUUUAUUGCAUCCAGACUCCAGUUUGUUUCCUCCAAUGUACUUCUAUUCUUUAAUGAUUUAUGACAACGUGGCAAGUUUACUCCUAGUCUCGGUCCAAAUGGUCAGUUACAUGUACAGGUACAAACAAAGAAAUAAAUAAAUCUAUAUAAAGUGUUCAUCCUGACCACCCUGCACAGUGGCCAGUGUGUGUACCCUUUUAUUUAUAUAUUUAUUUAUGAUGUCAGUGUUGGCUUGGGCCUGGCCGAACGUAAGGUUCUGGGUUAACAGAGGACAUGUUAACCCUUCCGGUGCCCCUAUGGGGUGUCUUCAGUAUUUAUUAAAAACCAUUACAGUACACACACACGCAGCUAGCUGUGAAACCUGCAACGGUACUGCAAUGGUACGCUUGUGCUUUUCUCCUUUUCUGCCAUGUGUAAUUCUGACUAAGCUGGAGUCUGAGCGCUAGCCAAAUGCCUUCUAUUACACAUCAAAGUCACACACAUCCUUCACUCUCACUAAUUCUUGCUAUUUUCUAAUCUGAUGAGCCAGACGUCAGACACUGGUUAAAAUACAUGGCUCAUUCUGAGGAGGGAUGAAAAGGAAGUCAAUCAAAUCGUUUUGCGUUGUGUGUGUGUUGAUGGAUCUGUUCUGAUGAGUUCUUCACUGUAUUGGUUGCAAUUUUAAGAAUCUUGUGUGCGUGUGUGUGGAAACUGCUCUAACUGCUGAUUUCUGAUCUGCAUUUGUUUAUUAUAUUUGUGAAAACACUCGUUUCUUUCUCAUUCCUAAAUACGCCACUGCUAGUGAAGCCAUACCUUUAUUGGCAUUCUUUUGUGCUGUCAUGUUCUCUUUAUGUAUGUCCAUCGCUCUUCCCUCUCAUGUUUUGUGUGGGUGUGUGGGUGUGGGUGUGGGUGUGGGUGUGGGUGUGUGUGUGUGUGGGGGUGUGACUGGCUCACUGGACCACUCAUCAACCCACUCUAGUUUUAUGCCAUUAAACCAUAUAGUUCACGUUUUUGUCUUUAACCCUCAGUCGUUUGAAUGAUCCCCCCCCCCCCCCACUCGAUCAUUUCAUCAGUGCUCUUUAAGGAAUGUGAACUUUGUCUGAAAGAUAACAAAGGGAAAAGUUUGGGUGGUUUUCAAAACACACCACCUUAAUGUGAUGUCACCAAGUAGACAUUCAGAGGGAGAUUUUUUGUUUUUGUUUGUUUGUUUGUUUUAAUGUUCAGUUUAAUCACGUUCUCAUUUCUCUGUUGUUUUGAAUGUAUAUGACAAUGUACUUGUUUGUAAUUUGUUUCGAGUGUGUAUGAGUUUUUUAAACCGUGUGGAAGAAGAUUCAUUUACUGUAUAACCCCAGUGAUUAGAGUCUCAAACCUUGUGUCUCAGGCUCUCACUCCCUCAGCACUUUGGAGAACUUCUCAUGCCCUUUUUUCUUUACAGUAGCUUCUUCUUUAAAGUGCUUCUUCUUCCCGUACUUUUCUUGGUGUCCUCUAGUGGCCAUGGUCGUGUGUAUUUAAGUGGCUGAUAGAAGAUGCCAAAUUCUACACCAGAUAAUCUGUGAGGGUCAGAUGCACAGUAUUGUUUUUUUUGUUUGUUUGUUUUUUUUGGAAACAGGUGUAAUUGUAACUACAGUGAUGUAGUGCCAAUAGAAACUGUGAAUUUCUAAAUAAAGACUUUUUUUUUCUUUCA